AUGGCCACUUUUGUCAUGCAAGCCCUCGGCUGUGAGGUGUCAGCCAUCAAUACAGUCCAGUUCAGACGCAAGACCCCUGCUGAAGAAGUCGCCGAGCUGUACGAGGGUCUGAAGCAGUCGCGCCUCAAUGACUUUGAUGUGCUCUUGUCUGGCUACUGUCCUAGUGCCGGCGUUGUGCAACAGGGCAAGAUCUAUGUCAGCGAGGAAGUGGUGCCUGCAUACAAGAGUUUGCUGAGAGAUGCUGAUCUCAUCUUGCCCAACCAGUUCGAAGCAGAGUAUGUUCCUACUGCAAACAAUCUUGGAUUCCAGUAG